CUGGUUUGUACCAUUUAGACACAUUGCCUUUUCACCGACACAUUCGGUGAAACAAUGUUGCCUUUGUCAUCUGUAUACAUUUGUACCUUGUUGGUAUACUCUACUUAUGCAAAGGAGUUAUACCAAUCACAGAAGGCAACAUUAUGUCCACGUGUAGACGCUAUAAGAACCAAGUCAUAUGACAAACCGUCUUCAGCGAAGACAGCGAAGGUUCAGAUCGCAAAUGACGGCAGCAUCAAUCGGAUUAACACAAGGCGACCAUUGAAUCCUAUCAAUGGCACAUACACUAGCCAUGAGAAUGGCGACGGUUUGACAUUGGACAAUACCGACGUUUCAUUAAGCCGAAAUGUCACAGUGCCAUCAGAGGACAUUGUACAACAAAGACUGGAUUCAUAUCGUAAAGCACCAUCCAUAUUCCCUCGCGUAUUACCAAAAGAUGGAUCAAGUGCUGUUAAGUCCAGCUCUAUAGUGGAUGCUGGUUUGGGCGUUAUCACCCCUUAUGCUUUAUAUCCACAUUAUGGACCUAUGACGAAGUCUCUGCAUCCAAUGAUGCGGUCGUUGCCAUACUGUUCUAUCGUUCCCCAACCUAACAUGUUUAGGGUUCUGAGUAACAUUCUUGCUUCAUUUAGGUUGCUGUUAUUAGACCAUGGUGUUGGUGCUCAAGAGAGUCCCAUUGUGCUAUUUUUAAUGGCAACAUUAUCUUCCAUUCCAUGGUUUGUUUUACGCUUCGCUUCAACUCCAUCUAUUAUGUCGAUGUUACGUAAGCGUUGGGCAUUUCAGGGUGAGUGCGGGAGCUUUACCGUCGAGGAUAUGUUGCGUAUCGCAUUAAGCGUGUUAACUGCUGAAUCUGUGAUGAAGUUAGGUUUACGCGCCUGGUUUUACGGUCGUAACGUUAACUGGGUAUCGAUGAUACCCAAUGGUGUCUACAGUGUUGGCGGCAGUAUAUCGCAAAAGUUUGCCUUUUUGCCACGCGCCCUGAACGCUUUGGGUACUGGUGUUUUUGGCGGCUAUUGGAGUGGUGAAUCAUUAAGUGGUUUGAUUCACUUCAUUGUACACUCUGCCGUUAUUGCCAGAUUGGCAUUUAUUACUGCUAUUCAGCAUGCUUUAUUUAGGGAGAAUUUCCAUACUGCAUCAUUCAUUCUGAGUCCUUUGGCAUCGAAGUUGGCUUCCGUGGUCACUGGUAUUGUCUGUGCUAUUGCGACUGCUGGUAACCUUGGUACCAUGUUUAUAUUCAAGAAUUUCGCAAAUGCAGUGGACGUUGAGCAUUUGUUGGAUCAAUCUAGUUUCCGUGCAACUGAAAGUCAGGCUGCUGCCACGGGUUACGUCCGGAACGCCAUUCACAACAUUCCGAAGUUGUUGAAAUCUGCCAACUUGGAUAUUGUUGUUCAGCUGACUUAUUAUCAUGAUUACUUGGUUCGAUUGGUACCUCGUGGUAUUGAGUGGCCCAUUUUGCUAUUCCACUUAUCACUUGCAUUGUAUGCCAACUCUGCUGCAGGAUUGUACCUUGCAUUGGUCAAUGCCGUUUAUUCCGUGAUAAACCAACGUUUGAGCAGCUACGAACGUUCUAUUGUAACCCGUGAUAUCGAUGAAAUAGUUCAAGAAUCGGGCUAAUGUUAUUAGCACUGUACAGAUCAUUAAACAUUAAAUAUGUUUCUCAUUUAGAUACGGUGAUCAGUAUAUGAAUAACACACCAC